CCGCUGAGUCCUAAAAAAGCAUCUUUCUCGGUGCUUGAUGUAAGCAUGCCCGUCUAAAUUCAUUGUUAACCGAUCCUGACAACGGAGGGAGACAAAUGAACUUAGACAGAGCGUUUGAUCGCCAUGGCAAUUCGACCCAUUCGCCUUCUCAAUCCAUCCAAACCAUUCGAACGCAGCACUCGCCUGUGUCCUCAUCCUUUCUCCCCCUCACUACUUUCUUCUCUUUCUCUUCUGGAUCCAGUCUUAACGCCGCAGCAUUAGCCGAUACUGCUCUCACGAGCCCCCAGUCAAAUAAAGCUCACUUUUUGAAAAAGCGAAUGUCCCCCCAAGGUGGUGAAAUGACCAGAAAUGAUCGUGUUACUUCUAGAUAUCAGUCUGCAAGAGAGACGACCUCAUAUACGAGUAAUCCCUACUGCAAUGCACCACAAGGUCCUCCAGAAAAAGAAAUCUAUUCAUGUGACACAUUGUCCUUUCCAAACAACUCUUCUACACAACCAAGAGGCGGGCAUUGUUCUCCAGGCCAGACGUCAAAGUCUUUCCUCCAGGUUAAUUUUCGUGACUCUCGCAUUGAAGAAUACAAUGUCAACAAACGCCGGUCGCCUUCAUUUUCUAUCACAGAAAACUGCCCAAUUGACCGCUGGAAAAAUAUCCCCGCAGCUGCGUCGCGAGAGCGCGAGAGCCCUGAACAGACCAAUCAUGGAGCAGUACGAGGUAAGUAUGUAAGAUUAGCUAAUUUUUAUUUAUUUUUGACAAGCCUCAGCUAACAGAACCCUUUACAAUAAUCAGGCUCAUCACACUAUAGACAGGAUAAUAGGCAACCACAGCCCACUCAAGAGAACUGGCAACCACACCAGAACAACUUACUGCCCCAGCAGGACUAUCACUCUGACCUUCAGGUCCAGACAUUGGACAUUUACUGCGAUGGUCAAUGGACCACAGAGUCAUCGACGGACCAGCCUCCGUACUCGCCUUCGGCUCUA